AUGGAUUCUUCAAGACUCUCAGCGCCCGCAGCGAGCACUCUCGAAGAUCAAAAAGACAAAGCCCGCCGGGUGAAGGAAGCGCGGGAAGUCUAUCAGUCCAUAGUCCGCAAGGCGGAGAAGUCUGGAAGUAGCGCACCACCUUACGACUUCCUCGAGCUCAUCGGCAAGGGUGCGUACGGACGAGUGUACAAGUGCAGAGAUCAACGAUCUGGCAAUCUUGUCGCAGUGAAGAUCACGAACAUCGAUGAUCAGGACUGGGAUGCAAAAUUCGAUGUCGGAGAGUCGAGAGAUGGGACGAUUCGCGAAUUCACGAAGGAAGUCAGCAUCUUGCAGCAGCUGAAAGACAACAACGUCGAAAAUGUCAACGUCAUUCACGAUGCUUUCGAUUGGCAUUCGCAACUAUGGAUUGUGGCCGCUUACUGCACCGGAGGAAGCGUCAGAACUCUGAUGCGUCCCUUUGAGAAGAACGGCCGGCCCACCGGACUUCCGCUGGAAUACAUCAUUCCAAUCGCCAGAGAGCUGGCGAUUGCAGUCCGGGGGAUUCACGCCAUGCAUGUCAUUCAUCGGGACAUCAAGUGCGCCAACGUUUACAUUACUGAGGACGGUCAGAUUCAGCUCGGAGAUUUCGGCAUCGUGGGUGUCAUGAACGAUUCUCUGUCAAAGCGAAUGACAGUGAUCGGCACACCACAUUGGCUGCCCUCAGAAAUCGUCACACCGUUGACGAACGAGGAGGAAACUACGGCCGUGGGCUACGGGACCGAGAUCGACAUCUGGUCUUAUGGGUGUACUGUCUUCGAGAUGGCGACUGGCAACCCGCCCUUCGCGAACAAGUUCAUGGAAGACAUCCCAGCCGCCAUUGCAGAAGCAGCACCCAGUCUGGGCGCUGGUGAUUAUCCUCAAGAGCUGCGUGAUUUCAUCACUUUCUGCCUCAUUCGCGAUCCCAAAGCUCGACCAACCGCAGAAAUGAUACUGAAACAUCCCUUCAUCGCCAACACGAACGAGAAAUAUCCCACGGCUGGGCUCAUCAGAUUGAUUGAGCGCUUCAAAAUCUGGGAGCAUGGAGGUGGAAGUCGUGCAUCUCUCUGGAUCGCAUCUCCCGCAGAUCCGCGGGCAUCUCGCCAGGUCGUUGACGAAUUACCCGAGGAGGAAGAAGACCUCAGCAGUUGGAACUUCAGCACAUCGGAGUCGUUCGAUCAAGAAUUC